CUAUUCUCUAUCCAUACAAGUCCAUCCCUGCAGCCUGGCCAGGCUGCAGGCCCUUCAAUCAAUGAAUGACGCAGGCAGGCCUGGCUACCCUCUUCAUGCAUGCUUCCCAUUUGUCUGUCCAUCAAUCCAUCACACCUUCAUGCCAUCGAGGAUGGCCUGCGCAUCGCAAGACACACACACACACACACACACAGCGUCUCCAAGGGCCGUACGUACGGAGUGCAUGUGCAGUGUGUGUACCUUGGCUUGUUUGAGCGCCUCUAUUUCCUGGUCCCUGGCCGUCUGGCGAAUGUCGAAGUUCUUCAUAAUGAAGUCACACGACUGGUGCACACUGCCGGCAUAGCUGGCCAACUGCUCCAGGUCGGUCAUGACCCCCGCAUGGUCCUGCUUGGCCUGAGUGAGGUCCAUCUCUGCCGUGGCCUUGCUCUCCGACUUGUUGGUGAUGUCCCGCUGCUUUGCCUCGAUGUCCGCAUUAGAAUCCUGACAUGAAGCAUGUACAGCACACACACAUGCUAGAUGGAGGGCGUUGUGUCUCUGUGCAUCAUAUACAUUCAGUACUCACCUUGACGAACGUUUCGUAUGCGGCCUGUGCGUCCUGUUCCGCGUUGACGGCCUCCUUCUCCAUGUCGGCGGCGUCAUGUGUAUCUGCUCCAGCAUGGAUAUGACCCCAC